CAUGCUAUACAAACUGACUUCCAUGCAAUUAUAAAGACCAUCACAUUUCUCUCCAACAUUUCUCAAAAUUGUGCAUUUUCCAAUUAUCUCAUUCCUUAAGAAAUUAUUUGACUUUCAGUCUUCCAUUUGAAAAAUGGGGAGAUAUCCAUGCUGCAAAUUAGACAAUGAUUUGAAGAAGGGGCCAUGGACAGCUGAAGAAGAUGAAAAACUAAUGGAAUAUAUUCAAGAAAAUGGUCAUGGAAACUGGCAAUUGGUUCACAAAAGAGCAGGCUUAAACAGGUGUGGGAAGAGUUGUAGACUAAGGUGGACUAAUUAUCUAAGGCUUGAUAUUAAAAGAGGAGGUUUCUCAGAGGAGGAAGAACAAAUGAUCAUCAACUUUCAUUCUGUCCUUGGAAACAAAUGGUCAAGAAUUGCAUCUCAUCUUCCAGGAAGGACUGAUAAUGAAAUCAAGAAUUUUUGGAAUACCCAUUUGAAGAAAAAGCUUCUCAAAUCUGGAAUUGAUCCAGUAACACAUCAACCAAUAACUGAUCCCACUCUGCUUCUUAGUCUUUGUAAUUUGAUAAAUCCUUUAGAAUCUGCUCUUAGGUUACAAGCAGUGAAGCAGAACUGACUGAAAUGGCCAAAAUCCAUCUCAUUCAAAACAUAAUUCAAGUCCUAAACACUCCUCCAUUUCAAACAUUUCAAGAAAACUUACCCAUGCAACAAUUAUACAACAAUGUUUCACCAUAUGACAUUCUUACUAAUGUGACAAGUAACAUAGAUGGGCCUUCUCCAAAUUCGAAUUCCUUGGACGGAUUUGGUAAAGUGUUCAAUGUUGAUUCAGAUUAUUCACUACCGUCAUUAGUUCCAGCUACACAUGAGAAAUCACCAUUUGACCAGAAUAUUGAUGUUCCCAGUUAUGGUUUCUUAGAUGCAUGGGAAAAAGGUCUGGAUGAUGAAGCUAAUAACUUCUUCUGGCAAGGUAUUAUUUGAAGAUUACUUAGAUCUUCCCUUGUUUUAAUGUAGAUAGAUUUCAUUCAGCUUCGAAUACUGGGUGGAAAAUUAUAAAAAAAAAUAAAGUGCUAAUUUGUGUAGCUUCCUUUUCUGAUCAGCCCUUUUCUUGUACACGUUUUAAUCAAUAUUUGCAUUGUUUUUUUGUUGA